AUGGCUUCGUCUCAAGGGAAGAACGAGCUGAAAUUCGCCGACUGGAUGGCAACUUUGCCAGAAAGCAUCCACAGCAUCCCCCUCACCAAUUUAGCAAUCCCAGGAUCUCAUGAUUCCUUCAGUUUCUACAUUGAUGAAGCUUCUCCAGUAGGACCCGAGCAACCAGAAACUGUCCAGAAUUUUGUCUCUGUAUUUGGAACUGUGGCCAAAAAGCUAAUGAGGAAAUGGUUAGCAACUCAGACGAUGAAUUUUACUGGUCAGCUGGGGGCUGGGAUCCGGUACUUUGACCUCCGAAUUUCCACCAAGCCCAGAGACCCUGACAAUGAGCUUUACUUUGCUCACGGUCUGUUCAGUGCCAAAGUGAAUGAAGGCCUGGAAGAGAUUAAUGCCUUCCUCACAGAUCACCACAGGGAGGUGGUCUUCUUGGACUUCAACCACUUCUACGGAAUGCAGAAAUACCAUCACGAAAAACUCGUCCAAAUGCUGAAAGACAUCUUUGGGAAUAAAAUGUGCCCAGCGAUUUUUGCCCAUGAAGUGAGUCUGAAGUACCUGUGGGAGAAAGAUUACCAAGUCUUGGUCUUUUAUCACAGCCCAGUGGCUCUAGAGGUGCCCUUUCUCUGGCCUGGGCAGAUGAUGCCAGCUCCCUGGGCCAACACAACAGACCCUGAAAAACUGAUCCAGUUUCUCCAGGCGUCCAUUACUGAGAGAAGGAAGAAGGGCUCUUUUUUUAUAUCUCAGGUGGUGCUGACCCCCAAAGCUAGUACUGUGGUCAAGGGGGUGGCCAGUGGUCUCAGAGAAACAAUCACAGAAAGAGCUCUCCCAGCCAUGAUGCAUUGGGUCCGGACUCAGAAACCUGGAGAAAGCGGCAUCAACAUUGUCACUGCUGAUUUUGUAGAACUUGGGGAUUUUAUCAGCACGGUCAUCAAACUCAACUACGUCCUUGAGGAAGGAGAAGCAGACACCACUUGA